AUGCCUCAAUCCUCACGGUCACGGAUUCAUCACAUCACAGAGUGGUUCAACUUCAGCCUGGCUUGCACAAUACGCAUCACACAGAUAGACACACACAGACUGCAGAGAACCUCAGAACCAAGCCAAAGACGACGCAGAGCCAUAGAUAGACAGAGUCAGUCUUGGACGACCGACAACGGACACGAAACACAAAGUCCAGUACCCAAGUCGCACACAAGCCACAGUCGUCGGCCACUCACAGCGUUGCACACAAGCCACAGCCGUCGCCCGUCAGUCACUCACAGAGUUGCAGACCAAAGAGUUCGUCACAGAGCAGAGUUCACCGUCGGCUACUCAAGUUCGGUUUUCACUUUCUAUAGUUCCACUUCCAAGUCGCGCACACUCGCACAGGCUACAGCCAUCAGCCACUCGCGGCGUCCCAGAACAAGUCUACUCGAGUUCAACUUCUACAGUUCCACUUUCAAGUUCGAGCCACAGUCUGAAUCACUUUCUGCAUUUUACUUCCCUAUCUCAGUUGCCUGGACUCUAGAGCUUCGGUUGCAAGAAACAUAUAUGGAGUUGAUGGAUGUUCAUGAUGAUGAUGAGCAACCUAAGAAUAACAAACCGGAAUUGAUUAACAAUGCUCAUGUAACUAUGGAUUCAAAUCAACAAAAAGAGAAAGAGAAAGAGCAAGAGAAAGAUCAAGAGCAAGAGAAAGACAAAGGUGAAAAGCAACCAGAAAAUUCAAAAGUUACAGAAGAAGGAGAAGGUUAUGGAACUAGUUUGAAGGGGGUGACAUUUGAUCUUAAUUCUUGCAGGCAAGCUCUUGCUAGAAUGAUAAUUGUUGAUGAGUUGCCUUUUAAAUUUGUUGAGAAUGAAGGUUUUCAGUAUUUCAUGAGUAUUGCACAACCUCUAUUUCCCCUUCCAUCACGUACUACAGUAGCUAGAGAUUGCUUGAGUCUUUACUUGUCUGAACAAGCUAAGUUAAGGAAUGUAUUUUGUAAAUCAAAACAAAGUGUUUGUUUGACCACUGAUUGCUGGACAUCUUUACAAAAUAUGAAUUACUUAUGCCUCACUGGACAUUUCAUUGAUGAUGAGUGGAAAUUGCAUAAAAGAAUUUUGAACUUUUGUCAAAUUGCUGAUCAUAAAGGUGAAACUAUUAGUGAAUUGAUUGAGAAGUGUUUGUUGAGUUGGGGAAUUGAUAGAGUUUUUACAGUUACAGUUGAUAAUGCCUCAAGUAAUGACACUGCUAUAUCUUAUGUUAAAGAUAGGAUACUUGAUUGGAAUGGGCACAUUAUGAAAGGAGAAUACAUGCAUGUUAGAUGUUGUGCACACAUCUUGAAUUUAGUUGUUAAUGAUGGGUUGAAAGAGAUUGGUGAUACUUUAACAAGAAUUAGAAAUGCAGUUCGAUAUAUUCGUGCAUCACCAUUACGGUUCCAAAAGUUCAAGUCUUGUGUAGAGCAAACAAGAAUUCAAGAAAAGGAUAUUGUGAAGUUAGAUUGUCCUACAAGAUGGAAUUCUACUUACAUAAUGCUUGAAAGUGCCUUAAAAUUUCAAAAGGCAUUCAAGAGAUUAGAAGAAAAGGAUACUACUUUUGCAAUUGAUAAGGAAGGACCCCCAACCAUAAAGGAUUGGGAAAAUGCACAUGUUUUUGUCAAAUUCUUGAAAAUAUUUUUUGAUGUCACCAAAAAAGUCUUUGGCUCAUUAUAUGUUACAUCUUCUCAAUAUUUUCAUGAGUUUUGCUUGGUAGUAAAGACUUUGAAUGAUAUGUGUCUAAGUGAUGAUCCUUUGUUAAAUUCAAUGGCAAGGAAGAUGAAACAAAAACAUGACAAGUAUUGGGGGAAUGUUGAUAAUUUGAAUAUGAUGAUCUUUAUAGCUGUGGUACUUGAUCCUAGGUACAAGUUGAAAUUUGUGGAGUGGAGUUUGAAAAAACUCUACGAUGAAGAUAUGGCUGAAUAUUUCACUAGGCAGGUGAAAGAGUUGCUCUUCAAGAUGUAUGAUAGAUACAAGUCUUUUCAUGGCCUUAAAAAAAGUUCAACCAAUACUCAAUCCCAAUUUGAUAAAGUUAUGAAUGAAGAUGAUAAUGUUGAAAAUCAAUCAGAGUUGGACCUCUACUUGAUGGAGACUAGAGAAAAAACAAAUCCCAAAUUUGACAUACUUAAUUGGUGGAAAGUGAAUUCAUUUAAAUAUCUUGUCAUUGGACAAAUUGCUAGGGAUGUAUUAGCCAUGCCUAUCUCCACUAUAGCUUCUGAAUCUGCUUUCAGCACUGGGGGUCGUAUACUAAAUGAGUAUAGAUGUUCAUUGGGUAUCAAGACAGUGGAAGCCCUUAUUUGUGCAAAUAAUUGGUUUCGAUCUACUCCAUUAGCAAGUGAUGUUAAAGAGAAGAUCUUGGUGUUGUCACUUUGA